AGUAAUCAACAUGAUUUAUGGUGUAAUCAACAUGAAUACUGACAAUGAUACUGCGAUGCUGAUGACGCUAUCGUAAAUAAAAAAAUACAUCAAGAUCAAGUAUGGAUGAAACGAUGGAAAAAGAAAAGCCAAAGUUUGUUUGUAAACUCUGCAAGCUGGACUAUCCCUCAUCAGUACAAUUUGAGGAACAUCUAUGGUCUAUGCUUCAUCAUAAGGCUUUAAACAAUAAGGCAUUAAGAACCAAGCAUCACUGCAACUUGUGCAUGUUUGAGAGCUUUAACCUGAAUGCAUAUGGGAAGCAUCUGAUCAGUGACCAACAUAAGCGUUCACUUGUUGAACGAAGGAAGAGACUGGGAGACCCUCGUCAGGUCAAACCUACAGCUCCUGCUUCUGCAGCAAGCUGUUCCGAGAGAUCUGAAAGCCCGACGAUCACAUCAACUCAAUGGGAGACACCCCGACCCGCAAACGCUAGCCCAAGCCAAGGUCGCUUCCAACAUGUAGAGUAUCCACAGAGCCAUCAAGAUUCCAACAGGGAUUAUCAUUAUGGAGGACAGUCUCGACAUCACCAAGGAGACUGGCAACAGACUCGCAACCCAUUCUAUUGGAGACCACCUUACCCAAGAUUUGAACAACCAAGCUGGGAAAACAACUCACGUGCAUUUGAUCCCAGACAGAGGUUUGGAACAUCGGCUCACGCUGUAAGACCUUAUCAUCAAAGAUUUGAACAGCCCAGUGCAAGUUGGGACAACUCACAUGCAUUUAAAUCCAGACAGAGGUUUCCAACGCAGGCUGUAAAACAACGGAGUGAAAAGAUUUUUAAGAAAACUGUAAAACUCAGGGUGCAGAAGAAUGGUGGGAAGAGGAAGGAGGAGGAAAAUAAGGCCAAUGUGAAAAGAGACAAUGUGACAACAACGGUGAACUUCGUAAAGGCAACACAACAUUCCGUAGCGUCUCAGGAAUUGUUUGCCCACAGCAGUCACUCUGAAAAGCCAUCAGACCAACACGAACCUAGUAAACAAGCCCACCCAGACUUGGUUAAGAAGGACAUGCGAUCAGAAUCUGAGCCAAAUAUUAAGAUCGCAGGAGGCCCAACACCAAAGAAGAAGAAGAAGAAAAAGAAGAAAGUGUCCCCCAAAAUAAGAAAUAAGCAAGGACAGACUGGGAACACUCCAAACACUCCAAAACCUUUCAAAGGAAAAUUUAAAAAGAAAAAGAAGUCCACAGCUUCAUUGCAGAACAAUCCUUCAGCAACGUCUUACCAACCACCAAUGCAACGCACUGUGAAAGAAUCAAAGUCUCUUGGUAAUCCCACUGAAAGUGAUAAAAUACUCCCAAAAGCAACUUCUGCAAUUGACAGAUUUGAAAUACAUUUGCGUGAGGCCCUUCACGCGAAAGAUAAUGCUCCUGACAUUGUUGAAGUCACUUCUUCAAAUGGAGCAAGUGUUUCUAAAAAGGCUGCCGAUCGUUCUGCAUUCCUUCUGAAACCCACUCACCCAACAGUGUCAUCGUCAUCAGCACUGCCAAACCGUAAGACAAGGUUUGAAGAGGUAUCAUGUCAACCUCAUUCUCAUUGUACUCAAGCUGCAGACAAAGAGACUUCUAAAAUGAGCUCUCAAAUGGGAAGGCCAACAUCUUCAGAUGAAGCAAGAGUUUCUGAAACAGCUUCAACAACCCUUCCAACAUCCACUCUUCAGACUGAGUUGUCAGCAGCCCCGGUAUCGUCAUUCUAUUCUCUGCAGGAGGGAAAUGGAAAAUGGAGUACAGAGAUUCGGUGUCCACCCUCAUUAGACAAACUGACAUCUGAGAUCCAGAAUUGUAAGGAAAGUUCAACUACCGGUACAAGUGCAAAUGGUCAAGACAUAAGACUAAGUUCCUCAACUGCGAGAACAGACAACAGCAUAAGUGAUGAGUCAAGCAAACUUACAUCUAAGAGCCACAGGCGCGUGGAAAGUUCAAUCAGAGGUACAGAUGUUCGGGAUAUAAGACCAAGUACCUCCUCAACUGCAAACAACAACUCAGAGCACAAAGAAAUGGUGACAACUGAAGGUGGAGAAACUGUUACCGGUGAGUCAAGCAAAGGUGCAUCUAAAACCCUGUGUCACAUGGAAAGUUUAACUCCAAACAGAUAUGAUCAAGACAUUAGGCCAAGUUCCUCAUCUGGGACAAAGGACAGCAGCCUAAAGCACAAGGAACCUGUUCAAAGUAAAGUUGGAGAAAUCGUGGCCGACAAGUCUAGCCUUGACGUUCCAUCAUUUGCCCGUUCAUCUUGUCUGAACCCCCGUCCAAACCUCACCAAUGCCAGGAGCAGACUGAGAACCAAUAAAGAUGCUGAACAACCGGACGCAGGACAUAUAUUCAAGGAGAAAAUCCAAGGUCUGCUGAGUGAUGUUGCCAAGCCAGUCUGGCAGCAGAAGAAGCUGCGUAUGAUGCUGGCCAAAGCGAAGAAGGCCCCUGGCAGAUUUAACAGAUUCAGUCACUUGGCCUCGUCACCGAGCCGCUCCGAGGAUACAAUUGACAGUGUGGACAUCAUGAACCUCAGCACUGAAUUCCAACAGGAGCUUCUUGAUCUGAUUCAGAGUGAGGACGCGGAUGAAGAAGAUAUCCUCUCUCAGCUUACAGCACCUGAAUUUUUGGAGACGAGUGAACCCAAUCAGGACGUGUUUAUCCGAGGGAACACACUUCACUUUGGCGACAUCCAGGAGGCCCCUCCUCUGAUGAGUCAAGACAGGUUGCAUCCAUCACACGCCGUCACCUCCGCUAGUCCCGUAGACCCAGAGGCAGUUUAUCCAUCACACUCUGUCACUACUCCUGUUGUCAAACUAGAGCCUCCAGACACGUCAGAAUCAAUGGCAUUUCAACCCAGUCUAGAGUGGGAGCGAUUGCUGCAUAAAGAGCAGAGUCAUCCAGGACAAACCAACAGCAGCAGCAUAGAAGUGCUUGAUGCGCCGCACGAGAGAGGAUCAUCGGAAAGGCAGAGUUUCGUCGCGUCCGCUACCUAUGGUAUCAGGGAAGAGCUUCUGACCAUUGCUGAUUUGGAUCAGCGUACACUUCAACCCAGUAGGUCACUAGAAGGGCAGAGUCAACAAGGCAUCGGCAGCAGAAAACCUGAUGAGAAUCCUGAUGCAAGAGAACCUUCUGAGAGACAUGAUACCAGUGUCACAUCCACGAGUAGCAUUCCAUCCCCUGCGGUUGGCUCGACUGUGAAGAUUAAGAAAGCUCACAAGAAAAAGAAGAAAAAAGACAAGAAAACAAAAGCCAAGGAGAGAAAUCCAUCUCCAGUUGAAGAAGUCAGAAAUAAACUACCUCUGAAGAAAAAACCCAAGUCUAAGACAUCCAAGUCUGCAAAUGUGAAGAGAACACCAGUCAAACCCGUCAUCUUGGGGAGAGUGAAGAAAAGAACUAAGAGUCCAACAGUUUUGAAAGCAACCAAAAUCAAGAAGAAGUUUAUGCAGAAGAGGAAAAUGUUGGACACCAUGGUAGGUGACAUGGGCAGUCUCCUGGACAUCACUCUGCAGGAGAACAAACUCCAGACCAAGAUGGACAAACUCAAUGCUAAGAUCGACAAGCUGGUCGAGAUCAUACAGGAGAAAGAGGCUAUGCUCAAGAGCUUCAAGCAAGAAAAGGAGACAGUCAUCGGCAGUCUUACUGGUCUGAGAGAGAAGAGGCUCAAUCUUCUUUUAGGAUUGACCUCGAGUGGAAAGGCUAAGAAAUCAGUCUCUUCCAUGGACAAAAGGGAUGGAAGCAGAACAGAUGAAGGGCGAUCAUCAUCAUCAAACCAGUCUCAGUUAUCCUCCGGACGAGGUCCUAGUCUUCAGGCAGCCCCCCAGCAGGCUGGCAUGGGAGAUGUUGUAAGUGAGGCAGUGCAGUCUGGAGCGGAGGGUGACAUUAGGAUUUCAAACGUGAUGUCUAUGGCUCAAACCACGCCCAGUCACAGAACAGAGGGUUUCAGGAUAACGUUUGGGAGCCCUGCCAGGACCGUGUCGGAUCAGGGACAGGGGACAAUGGACACCUUCGGGGAUGUGGGGCGUAACCAAGAUGUAGUAGGUAUCAACGUAGGAAGCCCUCCUCCGCAGUCUUGCGUUGGCCAGAGCAUUGAAGUGCUUCCACAGGUCAUGAGCAGAGAGAGCUUUGCUAAGACCCUGCAGGAGCUUAACAGCUGCGGAGCUGGAGUCAAAGUGGACAUUUUCUCUGACGAUGAAACACUUUAUGGAAUCGACUGUGAACGUCUGAUGCACAGGGAAUCUGUACCCGCAAGUGGUGAUGUGAUUGGAGCGGUAGCCAAGCUGGUAAAUGCCAAUGUAAUGUCCACAGACAGAGACAGGGUGACCGAGAGCAUGGGAUUGUCAACAGUGUCUGAUGUCACUGCAGAACCAUUUCAAAUUGCAGUUCAUUCGGACCAAGUUAGAGUUAGAAGGGAAAGAACAGAUGAACCUAGAUCACAGGGAACCUUGCCUUUGCAGUCAGACACAGAUGAAGAUGCAACAAUAAUGGGAUCAUCAUGUAGGAAUGUAACAUCAUCUGAAACCUCGUUCAGGAGAAUAAAGCAAGAACCACAAGACAUUGAUGACAUUAGCCAAAGACAAGAGGCAAUCAUGAGUAGGGACAAUGAAAGGUGUACUUCUGGAGAGCAUGGGGAACCCUUCGCAACAAAGCGAAAGCGAUGGAAACCGUUACCGGAAGACACCCGGGCAAAGAGACCCAAACACAGUCCUAAAGAUACAGUUCUACGCAAGAAAGGGCAAGAACCUGAAGCAUUGCAUGAAAGGAUCAGCAGUGCUCAUUCUCCAGAACCAGAUAAGACAUUGAUAUCUCAAACGGAAAAGGGCCACAAAGACCAGUCCAAGGUUACAAGAGCUUCAAAUUCAUCAGGUUCAAAGGACAGUAUCCCUGACAAUCCUUGUGAGACCUCGGUAAGCCUCAAGAAAGGUAGCGAGUCUAACACAGCUCAACAGAGUGCACAGGACUCAGAAGAUGCUAAUCGUCAAGAGAAGGCAACUUCCAGCCUUCGGUCUAAAGGCUAUGUGAUCAACAUGUACAUCAUUGAGGAUAAACUAUAUGCCUGCAUUUCAGACAGCAGAUUCAUCAUAUUCAACCUGGCAACCAACAAGAUUGAUGCAGAAGAGGACCUAGCUCUAGGGAAUAUCAAGCACUUUGAGCUGUGGAGAGACACUACUGCAAACAAGAUGGUGGCAUUUGCUAGUGAUGGUAGCAGAAACCUGGUUCAGUUUGAUGUUAAGGCAAAGGAGUUUCUCCAAACAUUGGUGUUAGGAAAGGAGAUAACUUGCCUGCAUGUGAAGUGGAAUAGCUUGUAUGCAGGGCUGGCUGAUGGAGAGAUUGCUAACAUCAACGUACAGAAAUCCAAGGUCAGUUGGUACUACUCCUGCACACCAUCCUUCGCAGUGACUGCCAUGUCUUCAACACUAGAGGGCGGCAUGGGGCUGCUCAUCACGGCCUCCGAGGAUCGCACCGUGACCCUCAGACGAGCGAGUGAUGGUCUACUUCUCCGGAGUCUGGACGGUCACAGUGAUGUAGUCACUCACUUACAAGUCCAGGGAUGCCGUGUAUUGGCUAUGGCACGGAAUAACACCGUUCUCAUUCAUGACCUAGAGACUGGAGAAACUAUUCGUCGAGUCAAGCACCAAACCAAGAUGGCAUGCUGCGUUAUGUCCGGGGAUACUCUAGCAGUAGCUGGUUAUACAGGCAAUGUCUACUAUUACAAAAUCAAGACUGGCCAGGUAGACAUCUUUGACAGUGGUUGUGGGAACAUAACAUGUAUGAAUGCAUCUCAAGACAUGCUCUUCCUUGGUAUCCGAGAUGGCUUCAUCGAUGUGAUCCCGCUAUACCCCUCUAUUGUCUACCAGUGUGAGUGGAGUCACUGCAUCAGUCGUUUCCUGCGACUGGACGCUCUGAAGACCCAUCUUCAACACAUUCACAUCCGUCGCUCAGCUCGUCAAUGCCUCUGGAAGACGUGUCUCAAGAACUACCCUCAGAAGAAUACAACCCUCAAGGCCAUUGAGAAGCAUGUGUUCUCACAUCUAAAGGUUGCAUACCUCUAAAGGACCUUGGAAGGUAGUGAUCUUCAUCAGGACAGUCAUGGGACAAUCAUAUUGGAAUCCUUGCCUCCUAACACCAAAAUUGCAUCACAAUUAUACUUGGAAGAUCUUUCCCCCGUGGUGUAUGGCAACCAAGAGCAGAUCUGCCAUCCAUAUCCCAGUGAUGGAUCCAGGGUUAUGACAUAAAAGGGGCUCAUCCAUCUAUCACAUAAAACUCUAUACAUGCAUGCAUGAUUAUGUGGGUUUGCCUAGAGAUAAGAAAGAGAGAAGGAAACAA